GCCCUCGAUGGUUUGACACCUCUACUGACUGCAGCUGAAAUUACACCUAAUUUUUUAUAACUAGUUAGUCGCGAUUUGGAAGAAUUAAGUGUGAAGUGUGUGAGAACGCGAAAGGUUGCCUGCUGCCUGCUUGUGGGUGGAAGCGAGUGCGCGAAUAAAAAGGGCGAAACGCAAAGAGAAAAGAAAAGAAAAGGAGCUGAAUUACACAAGUCAAGUUGUAAAAAAACGUUUUUGAGACCGAUAUUGAUUUUUUCAUAGAAAUCAGUCGUCGCCGCGGUUGUCGUUGUCCGUUUUGUGGAAAGAACAGUGCUGUGAUAACAGUAAAGAAAAGCAAUUCAUAAAAGCGUGCUGUAGUUGUCCGCAACACGGUUACCUGUAAUAGCACCUGCCUGACGUCUGCUAAUCCCAAAGUCGACCCAUUUCUGUCAGGAGGAGAGACACCACCACCCCCUACGCACACACACACACAUACACACGGCCCCACGACGACGAGCGUCAGGAGGAAGUUCCGUUCCGUUUCUUUUCGUAUUUCGUUUCGUUAAUCCGAAGACCCGAAGCAGGCUAAGUAUUAAAAAUUAAAGCAAAGAGUCAAGCGAGCAAACGUGCUGAAUAUAUCAAGACAAGAUAAUAAAAGACAGAGAAAUUAAACAAUGCCGCAGGCAGAGGGUGGCUAUGUAUCGCUGCCGGCUGUGAAUGGCAAUGGCAGCGCCAUCUAUCAGUCGACCACAGAGCCCUCGGCCCCACCCUCCGUAUUCGAGAGUGUCAAGCGGGUGAUCGGGCAGGCGAUCAAAUCGACGCCCGGCGACAGCGAGGAGCUGUUGCGCUCCGAGCGCCAGCCGGUCAUUGUUGGCAGUGUCAGAGACCGCGACAAAACUGGUAAGACUCUGAACACCAAGAUGCCGUCAGCACCUACACACACUGCCGAGGAGGCACACCUGCUGGGCACCAUGCCCGUUGACCCCAUGGACGACAUCGAACUGCGCUCCGUGCAGCUGCACUUUCCCAAUGCACGCGGCUCCAUCCUGGAGGCCUGCGACCAGCGGCGUGUGCCCACAGACAAGGGCGACAUACAUGUGGCCAUACAGGGCGAUAUCUCCAAGCCGGCCAUCGUCACCUAUCACGAUCUUGGGCUAAACUAUGCCACCAGCUUCGCUGGCUUCUUCAACUUCCCAGUGAUGCGGGGCCUGCUGGAGAACUUCUGUGUGUACCAUGUGACGGCGCCCGGACAGGAGGAGGGUGCCCCAGCAUUGCCAGAGGACUACGUGUAUCCAACCAUGGAUGAGCUGGCCGCCCAGCUGCUGUUCGUGCUGUCGCACUUUGGAUUGAAGUCCGUGAUUGGAUUCGGGGUGGGAGCUGGAGCCAACAUUCUGGCCAGAUUCGCCCACGGCCAUCCGGAUAAGGUGGGGGCAUUGUGCCUGAUCAAUUGCGUGUCCACGCAGUCGGGUUGGAUCGAGUGGGGCUAUCAGAGCUUCAACGCCCGUUUCUUGCGCACCAAGGGCAUGACCCAGGGCGUGAUUGACUACCUGAUGUGGCACCAUUUUGGGCGCAAUCCGGAGGAGCGCAACCACGACCUGGUCCAGAUGUAUAAGCAGCACUUUGAGCGCGCCGUCAACCCGACUAAUCUGGCCAUGCUCAUCAACGCGUACAUUCAUCGCAACGACCUGCACCUGGCGCGCACUCCGCCAGGCACCCCGGGCACGGAGACGGCGGCCACCACGCUGAAGAUGCCCGUCAUCAAUAUCACGGGUUCGCUCUCGCCGCACGUGGACGACACGGUCACCUUCAAUGGUCGCCUGGACCCCACAAACUCGUCCUGGAUGAAGAUUUCCGAUUGCGCUCUGGUGCUCGAGGAGCAGCCGGCCAAGCUGGCCGAGGCCUUUCGGCUGUUCUUGCAGGGCGAGGGCUAUGCAACGCCACUCUCGACACCGGCGAGCUCCCCGUGCGGCACCAAGUACCACACUUACUCCUCGAUAUUCUUCGCCAACUUCCGGGAGCAGCAGCAGCAAGCGAUGGAGGAGCGCGACCGAGAACGGGAGCAUGAUCGCCAGAGGCAGCUAAAUCUACGGAUUGGCAAUCGGCUACGCGAGACGGCCAUUAACUGUACCAACAACGGAGCUGGAGCCGGAACUGGAGCUGGGGACAAUAACAACGCAGACGCCAGCGAGGAGGAAGAAGAUCAGGAGAACGGAAAUGGAAAUGGCAACCGUGCCUACGUCACCACAGACACAUCCGGCACACUCUACUACGGCACACAGAGCAACAAAAUACGCAUCACCGAGAACCCACUGCCCGAGCCGGUCAGCUCUUAGAUUGUUACGCCCUACUACCCCGUUCUAACCACAAUCAAGAUAAACCAAAACUACUCCACACCCAGGUACAUCAAAUAGAUGGUCAGUCCUUAAUCCACACUUUGUUAAUGUUGUUACAAGCGAAAAGAGAGCAGAAAUAACCACACACAGCAGCAGCAGCCACGUCCGCAGCCGCAGUGCAGCGCAGCCAAGUCAAGCCAAGCUUCAGAGUAGACUUAAAAGCCGAGCCGUGCUCCAAGAGACACACACUCACACAUUCACCGCUAUUGAAAAUUCCAAUAACUACGUUAGCCACCAAUGAGAGAUUACGUUCUUGUUUUCGCUUUACCCGAGAGAGAGAGAGAGAGAGAGCUUCGCUCCAUCGAGAUAUUUGUAAUUUACACUUUGUGCCUGAGCGUUACGCAUGCAGAACACACACAAGCAUAGAACAUAGCCCCCACACAAACCUAUAUACAUAUGUAUGUAUGUAUGUAUAUCCAGCCAGAUCGGAACGAAUCGGCAGCUUAGGAAUCCUUUUUUUUGACGAGCUUGCUUAGUUGUUGUGAAACGAAGCGUAACGAAAUCAGAAUCGAACAAUAUACAAAAAUAUACAUAAAAUGUGUGCAUGGAUAUAUCCGUGCACACGGACAGAUCGAUUGAGAUCACGAUGAGGUAACGUAACUCUAAAGAUUACAAGCAUUUUCGCUUAAUGUUAAACAAAAUGAAAACAAAAUAAAACACCAAAAAAACUGUUAACUUAAUCCCAAGAAUAACGAAAACUAAAAAAGUGUAGCAUAUCAAAAUAACGAAAAAUACGAAUACAAAAAUCUCUCAAAAUUACAUACAUAUAUAAUUAUACAAUGAAAAACUUAGAUACAUAAAUUGGACACGAGACCCCAUACAACACCCACACACACAAACACACGCAAACAUAUGGCCACACACAAACACGAUAU